GGAGUUCUGCGUUUGGGAAGUGAAGGAUCACUGAACAACUUGCAUUACACAGUAGGAGAAGUUGUCAUAUGUGGAUGCUCGUUGUCUAGAAGGAUUUGUGGUAUCAUCGGAUUUCAGCUUCGUCUCUGAGUCUCCGUCGGUAGUGGAUCUGUUGCUGGAUACAAAGAACGCCGCGCAGCAGGUUGGCACCGCGGUUCUUCAGUUCAGAACUCGGAAGAAAGAAACGAGCUCGCCAGAGAACUGUGAUCAACAGCACAGGGCUGUGGCAGGGCGUCUCUGGCCCCCAUGGCCUACACCCUCGGCUCCGGGUCCGACUCAGGGCCUGCCAUCGGCUCCCAGUACUGCGUCACCAAAGUGGAGCUGUCUGUCUGCGGAGCUAACCUGCUGGACCGAGAUGUCACCUCCAAGUCCGACCCCUUCUGUGUGCUCUUCCUGGAGGUGGACGGCAACUGGGUGGAGGUCGGCCGCACAGAGACCGCAGUGAAUAACCUUAACCCGGUGUUCGGGGAGAAGUUCCAGGUGGAUUACCGCUUUGAGGAGGUUCAGAAGCUGAAGUUUGCGAUGUUCGACGAGGACAAGUGCAGCACCCAGCUGUAUGAGCAUGACUUCCUGGGAGAGUUCACCUGCACGCUGGGCAUGAUUGUGUCCAGUAAGAAGCUGCAUCGGCCAUUGAUUCUGGCCAAUGGCAAGCCAGCGGGGAAGGGGACUAUCACGAUAACUGCACAGGAACUGUCAGACAACAGAAUUAUAACACUGAGUCUGUGCGGCCGAAAGCUGGACAAGAAGGAUUUCUUUGGAAAAUCUGACCCUUAUUUAGAGUUUCACAAGCAAGGAGAGGAUGGAAAAUGGAUGCUGGUACACAGGACAGAGGUGAUUAAGAACACCCUGGAUCCUGUGUGGAAACCUCUCACCAUGCCACUGGUGUCCCUCUGUAACGGGGACGUGGAGAGGAACAUCAAGGUGCUCUGCUACGACUACGAUAACGACGGAGGCCAUGACUUCAUUGGCGAGUUCCAGACCACCGUGUCCAAGAUGAGCGAAGCUCAGAGCUCACAGGAGGUCGAGUUUGAAUGCAUCAAUCCCAAGAAACUGAAGAAGAAGAAGAGCUACAAAAACUCUGGGAUUAUUAUUCUGAAGUCAUGCAAGAUCACGAGAGACUACUCCUUCCUGGACUACAUUUUGGGAGGGUGCCAGCUCAUGUUUACAGUGGGCAUUGACUUUACAGCGUCUAACGGAAACCCUCGGGAGCCAUCCUCUCUGCACCACAUCAACCCGCUGGGCAGCAAUGAGUACCUGUCCGCCAUCUGGGCCGUGGGCCAGAUCAUCCAGGACUACGACACGGAUAAGAUGUUUCCUGCUCUGGGUUUUGGGGCAAAGCUGCCUCCGGAUUGGAAGGUGUCACACGAAUUCGCCAUCAACUUCAACCCCACCAACCCCUUCUGCUGCGGUGUGGAAGGGAUUGCCCAGGCCUACUCCGCCUGCCUGCCUCACCUCCAGUUCUACGGCCCCACCAACUUCUCCCCCAUCAUCAACCACGUGGCACGAUUCGCCUCCCAGGCUCUCCAGCAGGAGACUGCAGCUCAGUACUUCAUCCUCCUCAUCAUCACGGACGGCGUGAUCAGCGACAUGGACGAGACGCGGCACGCCGUCGUGCAGGCCGCCAAGCUGCCCAUGUCCAUCAUCAUCGUGGGCGUCGGCAACGCAGACUUCGCCGCCAUGGAGUUCCUGGACGGGGACAACCGCGUGCUGCGGUCCUACACAGGAGAGGAGGCUGUGAGGGACAUUGUGCAAUUCGUCCCCUUCCGAGACUUCCGCAACGCGCCGAAGGAAACGUUAGCCAAAUCCGUGCUUGCUGAGCUACCCCAACAGGUCACACAGUAUUUCAAGCAGAGGAACCUGUCGCCUAGCAACACAGCACCAGAAUAAAGGCACAGAGACCCGGACUGAUUGCAUGUUGCCAAACUAAAAAAAAACUAAAAAAAAACAGAAGACAAACUGCAUGGAAGUUUUUAUUACUGUGUCUGAUUUUUAAACCUGACCCCUCCCUCUACCCCCACCCCCUUCUCCUCCAAAUGCAAGACUUUUUAGAAAAAAAAUGUCAAAAAGCAAAGACAAAAACAGCAAACACUAUUGCGACCCUGCGAGGAGAUGAGGGCGGCACAAGGAAAGAGCAGUGAAUGUACCUUUGUACUGAUGUGACUCGUUUUAUGAACCUGUUUUAUUACCAUUGUUGUUUUUAUUUUGUAAGAAAAUGUUAAUAAUGUUUUAUGUAUCUCUGAUGUAGUGCUUUGUAAUUUGUGAGAACAGUGAGUACCUUUGUCAAGGUGUAACGCUGAAGGUUUUCUACAGUUUACUUGUUAUUUUCUGUCAAC